AUGACAGAGCUGAUAGGGAUUGACCUUCCCCGGAUUGUUAGACCCAGCCAUUCCUCCCCCGACCUGAGUGUUUCGAGGCACUGGCUAUCCUCCCAGGCCCCUGGCAUUUAUGCCAGACAUAGACAAGGAGAGCUAACGGCUACUCAGGUCGCUAGAUUCACUCUGCUGCUGCUGUUUGCUUCGUCUUUCUGGUCUAACAGAAAAGAGAAGUUUAAUCCCUCUAUACUGAGGAGCUUGGAGGACUUGGCCCACCUCACUGAGUAUGACUGGGCCGGUGCUAUUCUGAGCCGCAUGUACGAUGAUAUGUGCGAUCUGAGUCGGGGCCACUAUAUUAAUCCUUUUCCUCCUGUUGGCAGGACUUCGGUCCUCUUGAGUAUUUCUUCGCUCAUAUCUCCGCUCUGGGCCUUUGAGUAUUUUCCCUAUAUCCGCCCUGAGCUGGCCCAUACUGAUCUUGGGCUAGGGUUGGUUGAAGUAGGGGCGAUGGGCAUCCGACUCCAACAUUGGAUUGAGGCGGAUCCCCAGGCGAUGGGCAUCCGACUCCAACAUUGGAUUGAGGCGGAUCCCCAUUUCAGGCGAUCAGAGGCUCUGUCUCGGCGGCGGUUUGUCUUAUCCCAUCCUAUUCUGAGACGUUACUACCUGGGUGAGCGAGUGGACUUCCAGGUUAGGGGCUGCGGCUCCGUUCCUCUUCCUCCCCCAAAGGACAUGCGAGCGGGCAAACAGAUGGUUCUUACAGAUGUCCAUACUGAGGGUAUCCCGCACAUGGAAUUGAUCCGGGGUGGAGAUUAUGACGAAUUCUGCCAGGUGUUUCUGAUGCGGCCCAUCGGCUCCAGGUUUGACAGUCUCCCGAGGUCGACUCCUUCCCAUCCGCUUGGCACCCGUUCCUCUCGGGCUUCAGGUUCUUCGGCCAGGACUCCAAGGAGGAGGCCUGUGACCCUGCCUUCUUCUUUUACUCCGGUGGAGGGUCCGUCUCGAGCUGGCCCUAGUCAUUCGGUCGGUGCCUUCAGGAUUCCCCAGGCCAUUUCAAAGGCUACCAGGCCUGUCCACCCGGGCUUGGCCAAUUUGCACCUUCCAUACAGCAUUUCCUAUUACACUCCUGAGGGUACUUCGUCUCUUAGGGAAGUAUCCUUGGACCGUGUGAAUUGCCUGGCUCUUCCUCCUGAUGACAUCAAUGAGGUAAUGACUGGUAAAUUUCUCAUAAAAAGGAUUCAUAAGAGAUUUGUAUAUUGACUUUGUAUUUUUUUGUGAUUCCCAGGUUCCUGACGGCUUGAUCCGUCAGAUGAUGGAGCUAAUCCUUGGAAUGCAGGAGGAACUAACUUCAGCUUGGACAUUGCAGGCUUUUGACGACCAGAGGAGGAGGAGGUCUCGCCGCUGAUAGCUGCUAGAUUUCUUUGCUUUCCUUUACUUUCU